CUAAACUACGGUUCCGUCAUGGCUCCAUGUUCAAACUCAACCCCUUCGCCAGAGGAAUGUCUCUCAAGUAAUCCAGAUACCAUCCACCCCUACCUACAAAAAGCGCUCAACCAUCCCGGCCUAGCCGGCACAGUCGCUCUCUUCAACCCCUCUCCCUCACCCCCUACAACCUGGCCUCGCCUCCACCGAUCCACAACAAACCAAAUCUUCCUCUACCCCGGCUCCUACAACCCACCGCACCGCGGCCACCUAGCAACAAUUCAAUACUUCGCCGAUCGUCGAGUCCAACUAAACAUAGUCGCCUUCUUCAUCUUCUGCGACCCCUCCUCAGUCAUCCUCACCAAGAACAAAAAGCACAACUCUAUUACCCUCCCGCGCUCUCUGCGCAACGCCAUCUUCUACCAAACCCCAAAACUCACUCAGCUCAUAAGCGAAGGAUGGCUGCAUCUGCUCGUCGGGAGUAUGGAGAGCCAUAUCAGCUACCUUCGUAUCCUGGCAGAUUUUGUUAAGGGGGAUGGGUGGAGUGUUAAAUUGGUGGGCUUUCUGGGUGGUGAUAAAUUGAGUGCUGAGAGUCCGCCGCACUUACCGCCUGGGGAACUGACGGCUUGGGGUCCGGUUGAUGAGUUUCUGAUUAUUAAUGCGAGGAGGCCGGUUGAUUUUUAUACGCCUGGAGCAGAUGAGGCGCCGAGGGAUUUACCGGGUUGUACUGCGUGGGAGAGAGGAGAAAGAUGGGAUGACGAAAAGAAGCUCGGAAUCCCAUGGGUUUGCAAAGCGUUGACAGUUCCAGGGGAACCCUGGAUUAGCUUCCGCGCUUCGGAACGCAGUGCAUCGGACGGUGUCAGCUCGACGGAUAUACGGAGAAUCAUGUGUGAGGUGCCCGGUGAGAGGCUUUACGAGGACUUGAAGGAGCAUGUUCUUGGUUGCGAGCUUCUCGUGGAGUGGCUGGAAAAGUAUCGAGGAAAGAAAGGCGAAGAUGGGCAGCAAGUUGAAUAGCUCAGGGCAGUAGCACUUGGGGGUGUUGGGCAAAUUUCUUUGUUGGUAGCUCAACAACUUUAGUUGAAGAUGAAAUCCAUGCCUGGGUUUAUUUCUUAACGGAAAUUAGAAUCGCA